AUGAGGAUCAUGUUUGAAAUUCUGCAGGACCUGGCUCAUAAUUUGCUCUCCUGCAUUAGUGGGCUUUCAGCUCCUUCUGAGCUUCCUAGUGUCCCCUCUGAGCUUCCUAGUCCCUCUGAGCCCUUUAGUGCCCCUUCUGAGCUCCCUAGUGUUUCCCCCAAGCUUCCUAGUGCUCCACCCAAGCUCCCUAGUGCUCUUCCCAAGUCUCUGCCCCCUAGUUCUCCCUUCGUGUCUCCCAGUGCUCCCAUUGUUCCCUCGUCACCCCCUAGUGUUCCCUCAUUGCCCCCAAAUGGCCUUUCUUUGCCCCCUAGUGACCCUUCUGAGUCUCCUCCCCUUAGUGUUCCUUCUAAGACCCAGCCUCCUACUGACCCCUCUGAGCUUCCCAGUGCCUUCCCUGAGAUCCCUAGUGUUUCCUCGUCCUUCCCUAGUGUUUUCACUGUUCCUUCAUCACCUCCUAGUUCUCCUCCCGAGUUCCAGCCUCCAAGAGGUCCCAGAACUCCACCGUUGCCUCCAGGAGUCCAGCUGUGCACCAACGUCGCCCGCGCCGUUGACGUUCUGUGGUUACUGCCUGCAGUGCCGCGGACGUCGUCCACCUGA